GCGAUUACAAACACAAACAUUUAGGCUGUUGAACAAGGAAAAGUUUGGGAACGUUCACAAAGAAAUGUCCUUCUUGAAGCCUACUUCCUGAAUGGCACUAAAGGUUUAAUUAGGUUUGAUCUUGUGUAAUGUGGACAGGAAAACAGCAGAGGGACAGGAGACAACGUAAGGAUGUCACAAUAGUGUCCAAAACAAUCGAUACUGAAUGCUCUUCCAUUUGGGCCACACUCACUCCGCCGCCCACUGCUGCCUCUGAUAGCAGACUCCUUCACCAUGGACCAGCACGACUCAUGCCACUCAGCUCUCAGUGUGCACCAGCAUUGCCACCAACUCCCAGUAGCCAACACUUCUUCAGUAUAGUGGAGGGUCGAAUUGAUCCAAGUGCAGCCGACUUCUGUGCUUUUAAGGAGCACUACUUUCUAAGUUGGAACACUUUGCUAGAGGUGCUGUGGCAGCUGGAGCGGCUGCUGUGCCAAUUCGCCGUGCCUCAUGCAUUGGUGUGUGGCGAUCGACUUGAGGCCCUGGCGCAGCGCGGCAAGCUACACUGGGGCAGGCAUGAGUGCCUCCUCUCUGCUCUUGAGAACCGAGAGGAGGUGCUGGAGCUGAUGAAGCAGCCUGGGCAGCGAUACAAGGGUGAGGGUGGCCGCCGGGUGGCUGCUGUGCGCAUCCAGGCCUGCUGGAGGUGCUAUCGCACUCGCAGUUCCUACUUGCACCAACAGAGACGCAAGUGGGCAGCCAGAACCAUCGCCGUUUCCUGGCUAUUGCAUGCGCAACUGAGCCGCGUGAGGAAGAGCCUGCAGGCCACCCGCCUCCGCCAGCUGGAGAAUUACCACAACAGAGGAAAGCAUUUGGCCACCAACUGGAACCACCUGAUCACUUCCAAAAGGACCAUUAUCCACGUGCCCUCAUUAGGAUACUCUCAGCAACAGCGCCACAGCCUAAGAAGGUUUGACAUACUGCAGAACACUCAGAUGGGUCGGCUAUGUGACAUUAGAGAUAAGAAUGUGGAGGUGAUCUAUGUGUGUCCGGUGCAUCUGGGAGAGGACUUGAUCCACUACUACACUCAUCUGCUGGGACUGAAUGGAGUUAUAGAGACUGGGAAGCCCACACCUUCCAACUGGGCCAAAAGUUUCACCAUCCUCACACCUGAGGCACAUCAGCACUUUUCAAGUCACUGCAUGUGUGUGUCCACACUGCUGAAGUACAGUCCACACACACUGCGCCGUAUUAAGAAUCUGAUCCAGGGGAAGCAGGCCUAUUUAGUCAGUGGUGUCCCCCACAUGGAUGAUCUGGCUGUGGCUGAUGAGUUAGGCGUGCCAGUCCUAGGCCCGGAGCCUGCCGUGGCACAACUCUAUGGCACAAAGUCUGGAAUCAGGAGGAUCUUCAGCAGCAGUGGGGUUAGCAUUCCCCCAGGACACGCUGACAUAUACACACUGCAGCAGCUGCAUGAGUGUUUUGCCCAGCUGAUGACAGAUCAUUUAGAGGUGCAGCGUUGGCUGUUUAAGAUGGAUGAUGAGCUGGGUGGCCGUGGCACAGCUUAUUGUGACGUCUGUCAUGUGAGCUUCCGGCCCUGGGCGUUGCAAGAGUAUCAUCGUCAUGGUGCACAGACCUGGAGGAUGGCUUGGGCUCAGGAACAAGUGCUAAGAAAGUUUCUAGAGGCGGUACCUGAUCUGUUGGCCGCUCAUGCCAAGCCUUUUGACACAUCCUGCUAUCCAACCUGGAGCUGCUUCCUGGAGCACUUUCUCAGAAAAGGUGGCGUGAUUGAGGCUUACCCUCCUUCAGAUAGUGUGACGUGUAUGACAGUGGAUCUGUUGGUGGAGCCAGCUGGAGGAGUAUGCAUGCUCUCGUGUGGAGAUCAGCUGCACGGGCCUGGUUUUCUGCAGGUAUCAGGCUGCUCUGUACCACAGUGUUCUGUUCGACCUGAUGUCCUGUACUCCAUCUGCAUGCAGUUAGGCAGAGCCUGCCAGGAGCGGCACAUCCUGGGCCAUAUUUCCCUGGACCUGAUCACCUUCCUGGAGCCUGGCACGCUGGAACAGCAGGUGUGGGCUGUUGAUCUGGAUCUGGGCUACAGUAACCAGCUGGCUAUGACCCAGAUCAUGCUCCAUAUGACAGGAGGAACACUGAACUGCCACGCAGGUCGUCUGGAGGUUCCCUCUCCAGUCCGAAACAACAAGCCCACUGCACGCCAGAGAGCUCCAACAGCUAAUGCUCCAGCGCCAGGAACACGUCGUUUUGCAGUUAUGAGCAGCCGUCUGUUUCAUACCAACCUCUCUAUGGUCCACUAUAGCGUGUUCUUCCAGAUGUGCAAGGCACAUGGCAUCGGCUUUGACAUAAAGGAAAUGGAAGGGUCUGUGUUUGCGCUCCAUGACAGUGCAGAAAGGAGCAGCCUUGGCAUGGUAACAAUCUCACCAGAUCUCCAGGGAGCGCUGCUGACCUUUGCUCGCAACCUCACUGUCAUUCAUCAAGAAAUAUCAGCCCCGAAUAUGCAAGGAGAGACCAAUUUUAAGGACCUGCUUAAGAAUAUCAAGGAGGUGCUGGAUGUAAUCACCCAGAACACUAACAAAGAGCACAAAGAAAAGGAGAAAUGUGCAGAUGUUUAACUUUCCUCUUACCAGUUAAGCUCAGCUGCACCUUCUACUCCUAAUAAUGACGUCAUACAAAUACUG